AUGGCCAAACUUACCAAAUACAACGUCAAGGUCUGCCUUGUUGUCGUCAUCGCCGCCUUCAGCUUUGGUUAUGGAGCAUCUGUGUUCGUCACUAGUGUCGGCCAACCAGGAUUCUACAACUAUUACGACCUUGACCCAACGAGCCUACAUACUGCAAACAUUCUCAGUGCAAUAAAUGCGUUGUUUUUCUUCGGAUGUGCUGUUGGGUCUAUCGCUCAGUGCUUCGUCUCGGAUUGGAUUGGACGGAAGGGAGCAUUGAACAGCUCAGCAGUGCUAUCAUGUGUGGGAAGUGCCCUCGUUGCAGGCUCGGUAAACAUACCUAUGCUCUUCGUGAUGCGCAUUACCCAAGGUGUUGGCCUAGGAAUGCUGCUUACCUUGGUUCCGUUAUACCUCACCGAGGUUGCUCCGCCACAACAUCGAGGGUUCCUGACGGGAUCGACUCAAUUUUCGACCGGGAUUGGUUAUAUCGUUUGUUCAUGGGGUUCUCUUGGCUGCUAUCACGCAAAGAAUUUGACUCUUAGCUGGCGACUCCCGCUGGCACUUGCGUGCGUUGGACCGUUGGCAUUGAUUGUUGGCCUCUUCUUUGUCCCGGAAUCUCCUCGUUACCUGGUCUGGAAGGGGAAGCAAGAUGAAGCUUGGGACAUUUUGAAGAGACUUCACCAUGACCCAGCCAACCCAUCCGAAGCAGAUGCGAGCGCCGAAUUCACUCAGAUUCUGAGACAGGUUGAAAUGGACAAAGAAGAAAAUCCUACCUUUUGGGAGAUGUUCAAAAAACCUUCCUGGAGACGUCGGUCGAUCUCGGUCUUCUUGCUCUUGUUCGCACAACAAGGAUCAGGUAUCUACGGCAUCACGAAUUUCUUCCCACUGCUCAUUGGAUCUCUCGGGCUGACCGGAGAUGUACCCCUGAUAUUGUAUGCAUCGUAUACAACAAUCGCGACCAUUUCCAUCUUGGUGACUAUGUUCUUGGUCGACCGAUUCGGUCGCCGAAUUCUCUUGUUAACUGGAUUCGCAUCGGUCGCCUGCAUCUUGUUCACUGAAGCGCUGCUCCAGUGGAAAUACCAAGGGACAGACUCAAAGGCAGGCAAUGCUGCAUGCAUAUUAUUUAUCUUCUUGUUCAUCGCAUUUUUUCAGUGUAUCGAUGCUCCGACGUUUGUCUGGGCUGCCGAGAUUUUUCCAACGACACUUCGUGCCAAAGGUGUCAGCCUCGCGAUAUGUGCCUACUUUGUUGGAACCAUCACUUUCUCGACUCCAGCACCCGUGGCGUUGCAAAGCAUAAAAUGGGGCAUGUUCCUCAUUUACGCCGGACUCUGCGUCAUCUCCUUUGUGGUUACCUGGUUUUAUAUUCCUGAGACCAAAGGACUUCCCAUCGAAGAAAUCGGCGCCCUUUUUGGUGAUGCCGUUGCGGUGCACUUGACAGCUGAUGGUGAAGGUAUUGUUGAAGAUAAGCCGGGGAACUGCCACAUUGAGAGCAAGACCGAGCAUGCUGUUCAAAAAGUGUGA